AAACCCCAAACCCUAAAUUUUCUCUGUAUGGUUCUGCUGCCAUUGAUUUCUUUAAACACAAAAAAAAAAAGCCCCAAAAAAAAACCCUAAACUCUCUUUGGUAAAAGUCUUGUUGGUUGAUUGGUAGAGAAGAGUGAAGGAGGUGGUGUCUCAUGGCGUAUUGCCAUCAGCGUGAUUUCAUGUUCUGCGACCGGUGUGGAACUAUGCUAUCUUUCGAUUCCACUAAGUAUGCUCGCUGCCCUCUCUGCAAAUUCAAACGAAGACUCAAAGAGAUUGCUGGAAAAGAAAUACGUUACACGGUCACUUCCGAGGAUAUUAAAAGGAAUCUGGGCAUAGUGUCAUUGGAUGAUUUUGAGGGAGAGCAGCAAAAGAAACAAAUGGAUCACAGUAUAAAAUGUAAAAAGUGCCAGCACUUGGGGCUCUAUUAUAUUACUAGACAGAUUAGAUCUGCUGAUGAAGGACAGACUCUUUUCUAUGACUGCCCCAAUUGUGGUUAUAGCUAUAAUGAGAACUCAUGAAAGCAACGAUGGGAAACUGUUUUAGGCCCUACAAAUUUAUCUGUACUUGGUAAUUUAAUUUUAGUAGAGUUUUGGACAACUGCCUACAAGUGUUGAUGUUUGUAGUAUGUCAGUGUUAUAUUUUUGCUUCUCUGUGUUUUUGUUCAUUCUGGUAAAGUGUUCUUCUUCCUCUC